ACAUACCGAUUUAGUUCCGGACUACAACUCCCAGAGGUCUCCGCGACACAGUUUCCGCCUCCCACUGUUCUGUACGCUCCAUCCCUCCCUCCUUCCCACCUCCAAGUCGGUAGACUGACAGGAAAGAGCUGGGCCCGUCUUCCUCACGCGUGUGUUGUCCGACUCAGGGUUUUGGGGAGAUCUAUCUUUCCACUCUCGGGUUACCCCAAGGCCGAGGGCCUGUUUCUGCGGGCGCGUAUGAGAGAGAUUUACAGCCAAAAGCGACUUUAGAGAGCAUCUUAGUCCAGCCCUUAGAUCUAGGGAGACAGACCUGGAGAGCUUAAGGGUCUGGCCCAGGAGCACCCAACUGAUAAGCAGAGAUCGGACCUCUGCCCUCAGACCCAGUGUGGGUGUCCCUGUGGAUGAGCCACUUGCAGGAGCCCCGCGGGCGCCCAUCGCUGGCGGGGACGCCCGAUGCGCCUCGCGCGGCUCGCUGCCUUUCCGUCUCUUGCCCGGGGCUCACUCCCCGCGGGGUCUGCCCGCCCUAGCCCGAGGUCAGAGUUCACCGGCGCCUGGCCGGAGCGGGUUGGAGGGACCUUGUUCCCGAGUUGCCAUGGCUCAGGAAUAAGCCCGCCAGGAGGGGUAAGCGCGGAGAAGGAGAGUGCGCGCGGAGAGAGGAGUAAACAGCUGAAAUUGAAAGUGGAGGAGGAUAUUCCAAAAGAAAUACAUCCUUGGAGAAAAAAAAUCUGAUCUGAGAUCUCUUCGAGUUAAUAUUUCAGGACAGAGAUCAGAUAUUGACAUCAAGAAGCAGGUCCUGGAAUAGUUCCUGUUUAUUGUACCUGGAAGGAGCAGAACUUGGUUAAAUCAUCACACCUAGAGAUCAGCAAAGAAGAGUUGACUAUGAAGGAAUUGAUCAAAAUGCUGGAAGAAAAAGGUUUGCCUUUGCGGGAUUCUACCCUUCCACAAGUGAAAAACAUGAAGGAGGAGAAUAUGGUUUCUGGGCACCUGCUAUCUAGGCCUCAGGUCUUAGUGACAUUUGAGGAUGUGGCAGUGGACUUCACUCAGGAAGAGUGGAAACAGUUAGAUCAUGCUCAGAAGGUCCUGUACAGAGAUGUGAUGCUGGAAAACUAUAGGAAUCUACUCUCUUUGGGCUAUCGAAUUUCCAAACCUGAUGUGAUAUCUAAAUUGCAACAAGGAGAAGAACCCUGGAUAAUGGAGAGAGAAAUCCCAAGAGUCACCUGCCCAGACUGGGAAACUAGUCCUGGAAUCAAGAAGUCAACUGUAAAGCAGGAAAAAGAACUAUCCCAAGAAGCAAUGGUGGAAAGAUUUACAAGAAAUGGUCUUGGGUAUUCUAAAUUAGAAAAACCCUUUGAUUGGGAUAACCAGUUGGGGUUGCAUAAGAGAAUCCAGGAGAAACAAUUGAGGCAGAUGACUGUCAACCACAAGAAAGCUUUCACUGGGAAGGCCAGCCCUGAAUGUAAUGAAUUUGGAAUCAACUUUAAUCUAAGUUCAAUCCUUAUUUCAAAACAGAGAGUUAACAUGGGAGAUCGUAAAAUUCAUAAAGAUAGAAAGAUCUUCAAGCAUAAUUUAGAUCCAAUUAAACAUCAGAUACCAUUUUCAGGAAAGAAACAACGCUAUAAAUGUAAUGAAUGUGAGAAAGCUUUUAGUCAACAUGAACAGCUUAUUCAACAUCAGAAAAUUCAUCUUGUGGAGAAACCAUAUGAAUGUAAUGAAUGUGGAAAAGCCUUUAGUCGGAGUGCAAACCUUGUUCAACAUCAGAGAAUUCAUACUGGAGAGAAACCAUAUGGAUGUAAUCAGUGUGGCAAAGCUUUCAUCCAGCGUGCACACCUCCUUCAGCAUCACAGUACUCACACUGGAGAGAAACCUUAUGAAUGUAUUGUAUGUGGGAAAACCUUUAGCCAGAAUACACACCUUAGUCAGCAUCGGAGAAUUCAUACUGGAGAGAAACCCUAUGACUGUAAUGAAUGUGGAAAAGCCUUCCGUCAUCUUUCUUCCCUUACUCAGCAUCAGAGAAUUCAUACAGGAGAGAAGCCUUACAACUGUAAUCAAUGUGAGAAAACUUUCAGGCGAUGUACAGAGCUUACUCAACAUCUUAGAACUCAUUCUGGAAAUAAGCCUUAUGAAUGCGCUGAAUGUGGGAAAGCCUUCAGCCGGAGUACACAUCUUAAUCAACACCAGAGAGUUCAUACUGGAGAGAAACCCUAUGAAUGUAAUGAAUGUGGAAGAACCUUCAGCAGCAGGUCAUCCAUUGCUCAGCAUCAAAGAAUUCAUACUGGAGAAAAACCCUAUGAAUGCAAUGAAUGUGGAAAAUCAUUCACUCGAAGCACAAUACUUGUACAACACCAGAGAAUUCAUUCUGGAGAGAAACCAUAUAAAUGUAAGCAAUGUGGGAAAUCAUUUACUGACAAGUCAUCAAUUUUUCAACACCAGAAAUUACACACUAGAGAGAAGCCCUAUGAAUGCCAUGAAUGUGGGAAAUGCUUUAGUCAGAUUUCAUACCUUAUUCAACAUCAGAGAAUUCAUACAGGAGAGAAACCCUAUGAAUGUAAUUAUUGUGGGAAAGCCUUUGGCAAUAGAUCAUCCAUUAUUCAACAUCAAAGAAUUCAUACUGGAGAAAAGCCUUAUGAAUGUAGUGAAUGUGGGAAAUGCUUUAAUCAGAUUUCAUACCUUACUCAACAUCAGAGAGUUCAUACUGGAGAAAAACCUUAUAAAUGUAAUGAGUGUGGGAAAGCUUUCAGGUGGAGUACACACCUUACUCGGCAUCAAAAAACUCACGUGGAAGGGAAACUUGAUAAAUAUAAUUAACAAGUAUUCAUUAAGCACUAUUUAAGUAGCAAUUAUAUGUUUGUGGUAAAAUACAACUAUUAAAUAAGACAUGGUUCUUGCUCUAGAAGAGCUCACAAUCUAGAAGGGUAUGAUAAGUCUAAAUAGACAACAUAAAUUAGAAUGGGUUAAUAUCCUCUUUUGGUAUGGGGAGCCAAGGCAAUAGAGGCAUUAGGGUAUUAAUGGGCAGAUCUCAUUCAGGAAGCAUAAUCCGAGGGGCAGCUCAUCCAAGAUGGGGUGAGAAAAAAAUCAGAAAUUGUGAACGAGGUCAGAUCUACCUAGAUAAACAAAACCAAAAUGAUGAAAUAAGUACCAGGUAAGUAGGUAUUACUAGUAACUCAUUUGGAGGGAAGAGCUAAAAAUUGCCUAUUUAAAGCAGGUAAAAACUGAGACAAUGAUGGUGGACCUGGUGUCCUUGAUGAUGUGGUUUUAUGAGAUGCAUGCAUUCUAGUUUGGCAACUGCUGAAGAGUAGAGUUUCCUCCUCUGUUAAUAUUAAGUUUUCGGGAAUGUUGUCUUCCAACCUCAGCCUCCAAAAGACUUCCAUAUAUUUUCUUCAAAACAUAUUAUAAAUCUCUUGUUCCGAACUACUCAAAAUGAGGUUACCAAUUUUGGCACCAUAUGUGCAGGACCCUAUAUGCUUUUAUCUUUAACUCUAUUUAUCCCUUCAACUAGGUUCCAGUGCUUAAAUUGAGAAAGGAGAAGAAAUAUUGUACUACAUAUAUUGUAGAGGGAACUCCUAGGGCAGGAGAAACCUGUUUGAUCAUUGGUCUUGAAGUUACUUGUGGGUCUAGAGUUUUGACUCUUAUUUAUCCCUUCAACUAGGUUCCAGUGCUUAAAUUGAGAAAGGAGAAGAAAUAUUGUACUACAUAUAUUGUAGAGGGAACUCCUAGGGCAGGAAAAACCUGUUUGAUCAUUGGUGUUGAAGUUACUUGUGGGUCUAGAGUUUUGACAAAUGUUGAUUUUCUUCACAAAGGAUGUUGUUGACAUAAUGCUGCUGGUCACAUAGUUGGGGGAAGUAGGGCAAAGCUGCAUUAAAAGAACAUGAUGGUCAUCUAUACAUCAUGUUCAUUGCAAAAGACUUGGAAUAUUGUGGAACAAUUUUUAAAAGGCCCUUGAGAUGGUUUGAAAACUGAAGAAAUGUUUCAAAAGCAAAAUGAUUGUGCAUCUGCAAAGAAAACUUACAAAGAACUUUGCUUUGUUGUGCAUGCUCUGCUGCCCUGGAACCAUCUUGCUGAUUCAAAGCUCUUACAAUAAACUAAUGUGCAUUUUUCUGCUGGUAUUACAAGGAGCUGUGGCAGUAGAUGCCAGCAAGACUUAUGUAGAAUGAUUUUAUUCUAGAGAUCAUGAAAGAAUCAAAGCAGAACUCCUUGACUUCAUUAACAUAUGAAGAGCAGCAUAAAAUAGUGUUGUUAAGGAACUUUCUGGGUUCAUUCUAGCAAAUGCCCAUGAAGUAUCAGUCUUGAGAGAAAUAGGGCUAUUUAUUUCAUUGGAAGUUGCUUUCUGAUCUUCAAGAUAAACUUUUGCUUAUUUGCUACUAGGGCAAAGAUGAAAGAUGAGUAUUUUUUAAAAUAAGAUUUAUCUAGAGUUUGUAAAUUAUUUUAUUUUUUUUGUUCAAGUGAGCAGGAAAACAAGUAUUCAUUUAACUAUGGAUCAAAGUACAAACUGAAAUGAAUGAUUUUAGCCAACAAAUGUAUCCAUUGCUUACUUGAAAUCAGAAUGUCCUGGUUUCAAAUUCCACUUCUGGUACUAUAUAUAUAUAGAGAUAGCCUCUGAGGUCCUUUCCAGCUCGAAAUCUGGGUUCCUGUGAUCAUCCUACACUAUAUGGAAGACAUUAUUAGCAAAUGAGUUUCUGAUAAUCACCUCUGUGAGCUGAUCUAUAUUAAAAGCUUUCUAGAAGGAACUAAAAUGUAUAGAAAACCUAUGUGAGAAGUUUAGUUGUUUAACUGUGGUGUUUUGUCUUUCAGAGAGAAAUUACCUGAAAAAAUAGCUACCUCCAACUCCACUCAAGUUUAAGAGAUUGAACAAAUAUCUAGGGAUCUGAGUAAUGGCUAGGAGUCACUUUGUAUCAGUUAAUGCUGUAUAAAUAAAAUCUAGUUGGCUAGAUAUAUGGUAGGCUAAUAAUCAAGCUUGAGAGCUAAAUCAGAUGAAAAAGUUCUAUAGUCUAAAGUAGGAUUUAGGAAUUCCUAUGAGAGAAAUGGUAUUGUAUAUGAAUGAGGUUAUAAUGAAUAAGAAAUAAAUGAGGUUAGUAGUAACCAGCACUUUUUUUUUCUAUUUUAACCUCUGACUUUUGGAAAUUAGUGUUUAGGGUGGAAAAAAAAGGACACUAGCAUGCCUUGCCCUCAUCCCUUAGUCUGUUACAAUUAUGCUGCUUAUAAGUUCCAGUAAGUAUACUAAAAAAAAGGAAAAAAUUCUGUGAAAUCAAUUGAGGGAGAGGGAAUCUCUGGUUAACGUAAUCAAGGAUUACUUCAUGGAAAGGAGGCAGUAUCUGACAGCCUUAAAAGAUAUAUGAUAGGUAGAGGGUGUUAAGCUUCAAGAAACACUGGAAUACCUACUACAUGCAGGUACUUAAUGCCAACUUAUGGGAGACCUCCAAAGGUUUUAAGUAAAACUACUUUGCCUCAAAGAAGUUCACAGAAGUAACAUGAUCCAAGUCAGAUACAGAAAAGAGUAAGAUAGUUUCAGGGAUGGUGAGUCACCCAGUUUAACUGAAAUACAAUAUGUGAAAUGAUAAAAAGGGAGUUUGAAUCAGAUUGCAAAGGGCUUUGAAUGCCAGGCUAAGGAGUUUGGACUUAAUUUGUAGGAACGUAGUAUUCUUAAAAGGUUUUAGCGAUAGACUGAUACAAUCUGACCUUUGCAUUGGAAAAAUGAAUUAGGUAGUUGUAUGUAGGAUGGGUUGAAGUAAAGACAUUGCAGUAAUUUGGAUGAGUAGUAAUGAGGGUCUGAAGAAGUAAUACAGAUAGGAAUUGGUGGUUAAUUUGGACGUAUGAGAAAAGAGAGGGAUCUGUUCACACUUAAUAAAAUGGUGGUAAUGAGGGUCUGAAGAAGUAGUAAUACAGAUAGGUGGUUAAUUUGGAUGUGUGAGAAAAGGGAAGGAUCUGUUAACACUUAAUAAAAUGGUGAUAUUGACAACUUAAAUGUGAUUUAGCUCUCAGAACCUUCUAGGAUACAAACUGGGGGCACCUUCUAAAUCUAUCCUGUUGUGACCAGGCUACCUGCAGUAUCUUUUAUGCUCCUACAGACUGUUAUCUAUAUCCCUUAUAAUAUUCAGGGAAGGGCACAGGAUUUUCCCCUGCAAUGCUACUCCUAUAGGGGAUUAAAUCUCUUACUGAAGAUUCCUUCCUUGGUCUCCAGAUUUAUUCCUAGAUAUUUAUACUUUGUUAUUCUUUGGCCUACAGUAAGAUUAUAACUUAAAACUUUUCACACUGCCAUUAACUAAUAUAGUUAAAAUUUGGGGAAACUUUUAAGGAAACAUUAGAAAUUUCAGUGAAGAAUAGUUAUGAAAAAGAAGUGAAUAAAUGCAAUACUUCUUGGCAGAAGCUGUUAGCUUCUGAGCUUAUCUGGUUAUGGAUAAGAAAAGAAAAAAAAGAGAUUGAUUAGUAGCAUUUGAAAGGUGCUUCCUAAUUCCAGAUGCCAGAAAGGUUUUCUGAUCAAUUAAGAGUUGUCUGGAUUCCUUAACUAGAGCUAAUAGUACUUCCAGCUCCAUGCUCCUGAAUUUCUAAAUGAAUAAAACCCAACAUUUACCUUGUAAUUUCUUAUUUGUUGAAAACUUCCCUACAGUGGCAGCACCAUUGUUUAUAGAAAUGAGCUCCUUAUUGAAUGAAUAUUUUAUCACUGGACUUCUUUUUUUAAUGGAUCACUCUUCAAAUAUUUCUAAAAAUAGUAGGGCUCUGCACUUAACUAAUGGCUUGCCAUGUGUAAUCUCUUCCUAAGUCAAGGACUUCUAUCAGGAAUUCUGGAAGGUUAUGUCUUGCAGUCUGUUCUUGCCUUUGGACUUGAUUACAGAAUUAUCAUCCCAGAGUGAGUGUAACAUUCUGGUCACGGUAGAGGCUUUUGACUAAAACAGUAGGUUUCCACUGCUUCAUAACCAGUGUAAAUAGUCUUUCAGGAAAUCAUUUCAAGCCCUUUUCUAUGUUUUGUUUUCUUUUUAAUCAUGGACCAUAAUACAUUUUUAAAAAGAUUAUUGACUACAGACAAUUCUUUUUUCCAUCCUAUACAUUAAAUUUCAUCUUUCUACCAAAUACCACUCUUUAUCCCUUUCACCCUGCACCAACAGCCAGCUGGAGAGAACCAGCUUUACCUUGGGGCAUAUCUUCAGUAUUAUCAUUAGAACAAUUGUCUCUUAUUAGCUUUUGCUAAAAACCUGAGCAGUUCAUUCAUGUUUCUAUUCAGAACACUUACAGGUUUCAGUUCUUUUCCUCAUAUUUAACUCAUACCAUUAUUUCUGCAGUCAAAAACUACUUGGAUAAGUUGGAAGUUGCUUUAUUUCAGUUGCAAGAUCUCUUAGAGUCUGUCUAAUCAGUUAUUGACCACUUAACCCUCAGUGCUCUCCUAUUGGUUGGUUGCACACUCUGAAACUUUCAUAUUAUCUGACUCUCAGAAAGUAGAUGUCAGGAACAUUGGGUCUUUCUUAAUGUGAAUGGUGGCCUUCCAACUUAAGUAUCCUGCUGCCAUAUAUAUUUACCCAGCCUGAUAUCAGUCAUUCUUAAGACCCAAUGUCUCUAACCCUUGUAACUUCAUACUCAUACUAGGAUGUAGUUUUCACCUCUGGAAUCCACAUAAGCCUUUAUUUUAUGGCCUAUGGGUAUGGGAUUGGAGGAACUUGCACCAACACAUUUUGAAAGGGAAUCUGUGCCCCCCAAAAAGUGUAUGAGACAAAUCCUCGAUCAUAUAAAUCCACAGAAUUCAAGAAUGGAAAGGGAUUUCAUCCUUUUGGCUUUUGACAAAUCUUGCAUCCUGUACUUAUUGCAGACUCCUGCUUCUGUCACCAACUUCGGAUGGUUCACUUAGUUAUGCCUUGACCUACAGUUAUCAGUCAACUCAAUCUUUUCACAGACUUCUUUAUACAUUAGAGAUUUCAAUGAAGAAAAGCCAUGAAAAUGAAGGAAAAUCAUUAGAUUUAACCAGUCGUUAAAUACUCUGGAGCCUAGAUGUUAUUGUUCAUUAUUAAGUAUGGUUCAGAGAUAAAUGUGUUUAAUCUUCCCCACCCUUUUUCUUCUAUUUUCCUUCACUAAAGACACUAACUACUUAAAAGCAGCAGUGUACUGAUCUGAUUUCUCACUAAAUUUCAAUCUUCCUAAAAAUCCAUUUACAGAAAAUUGAGUUUUCAUAAUGAAAUCCAUAUAACAAAAUAUUUUACAGAAGAAUUGAAAUGAUAGUCCUUGUAUUACUUGAAAUGCUUCUGUAAAUUAAGAUUUUAUCUAGGAACAAUGUUAUAAUAGGAUGUCAUAUUUUUAACAGGGGCCCAAUUUAUAGAAAUAACAUACUUUUUUAGCUAUGUGGUAUAAAUAUGAUAUCAAGCUUUCUAACUGGUAAUUAAGUAAAUCAGUGAUGUUCUGUGUGGUUACUUUAUCCACUGACAAUAGAUCAAAAUAUCUUUAUUUACCUUAUAUAGCCUUUGUCUAUAUUUUCCCAUGAAUCCUGUGUUCUCUCAGCCUUACUUGGCUGUGGGAUUGACCAAGGACUGUGACUGAAUCUCCCAUGACUAGGGAGCAUUGUGUUGCAGUAACAAGAAAUUUGGUUUUGGAAGUUAAGGAUCUCUAUUUCUUUUUUAGCUUGACUACUUGCUACUUGGACAAUUGCUUUCAUUUCUCUGGGCCUCAGUUGCCUCAUUUUCUAAAGUGAGGGGGCUGAAUGCCCCUUAAGUAAUUCACCAAGUUUUUUUAAACUCUUAAUUUGUGAUCCUUUGUCACAGCCUCAUGAAUAUAAUCUGCCCAACUGGGCAGACCAAGAUGAGGAAACAGACUUUAACAACAAAAUCUGUUAGAGACUAGAAGCAAGAGUUGAAUUAUAUGAAUCAGGAAGACCACCAUUGGAGUAAUAAGUAUGAAAUAGAAUAUAAGACACAGAAACAUUUCUAGGGACUAGUAGAUUAGCAGUAAGAGCAAUUGGGAGCAAGUCAAAUGAAAAGAGAAAAUCAAGUGAAAAUUCAAAUACUAGAAAUCCUGACAAGAUAAACCUUAACAAAAAAUUCAUGCAGAACUUUCCAAGUUCUGCAAAUGUCAUAUGUAUGAUAAAUCUUUCCCUCUUGUUCCAGUAAGGGUUAUCAGUCCACUAUAUGAGCUUCCUCCCAAGAAAAAAUGAGGAGGCCAGGGCUUGGUGGAAUUGUACUGGUUCAAGGCUUUUAAUUAGGAAACAGAAAAUUACUAAGUCAUUUCCCAGAAUGUUUUCAUCUAAAUCAUAUUCUUCUUCCUUACCUCUAUCAUGUGUUGGAGAGAGCCUUCGUACUAUAGGCUCAUAGAAUUAGAAAUGGGUCUUGGGGCCACAAGCACAGACAUUGAGAGCUGUCAAAAGGGCAAACCUGCAUUUAUGUGUGUUCAGCCUGCAAGACUUGAAUUGAACUUGGGAGUUCCAAUGAAUAUCCAGUGGAUACCACCUACAUAAUAUGGAAGGGAUAUAAGAUCUGGUAUCCACUGUUAUUAUUAAAGAUCUGUCCAUGAAGAGAUUAGUCAUAUUUAAUUCCUUAAAUGUAUGAAUUCUGUAGCUGUCAGCCUACCAUUUAAAUGAAGCUUUGGCAUCUUUCAAUUUUUUGGUCACUCUAGGCUAUUUUCCAUUCCUCAAAGUUGAAUUUUGGAUAUGGAAUUAGUGGACAGAAGUUCUGGUUGGUAAUUGGAUUGUGACAAGCAAUGGAGGAGUUAAUUAUUUUAAAAAAAGUCUAGUGAUUUAUUACUAUCAUUAAAAGAGCAGUACACUUAUCUAAAAAGUAAAUUCAAAACUAUAAUUAGUUUUAAUUGAAUUGUCCAGGAUAUACCCAAUGAGUUUGGCCUGAUUUCUUAAUUCUGGUAUACAUGAUUAGAGAAGAUUCUCAUUUGGAUUUGUCAAGUUCUGUGAUCAUUUAGGACUAUUUUCAACAUGAGUGCAUGGUUAAAUAAGUGUCCUCUUUAUGUCACUGGUUACUAUAUGUAUACUUGUGUGCUAUGAACAACAUAGGGUUUGAUGGAUGAUUAUUAUCUGUGGCCUUUGAUUUGGAUGACCAUUGAAUUAUUUCUUGGCCCACCAUGAAGCCUGAAUAGGUGCUUUCAACAUUACCAAACAAUAAAUUGGUCAUCCAGCAGAGGAGAGCCUAGUUUGGUAGACUGUACACUUCUGUUACAGGAGGAAGAAGUUUAAGAUCUUGCCACAAGAGCAUGCUGCCCUGAAGAGCAGGAAUCUUGGUAUACAUGGAAUAACAAAACAGUUAAAUCAAUUUGAAGCUGCUUGACCCUUUUCCAAAGAAAAUCAAAGCUUGCUGGCAUCUGGGAUGCUAUACUGUCCAUUUUGUUGGCUAAUAUUUGAAGAACUGAAGGAAUUUUAACCCCUGAAAGACCUUAUAUUGUCAUACUUAUCCAGAUAAUCAGUGUCAUGGAGAAGCCAUAAUCGGGAAGGGGGCUUUUUUCUCAUUUUAUGUGCUUGUUAGCACUCAUUGGCCUAGGAGUCAGGUCUGAUCUCAUUGGACAGUUUCAAAGUUGAAUCGUACCUUAUCAGGGAGGAAGUUCCUUGGAUGGAUGGGGCUCUGAAUCUUAACCUGGAUGGUGGUGAACAGGGCAGAAAAAAUAUGACGCAGUCCUUGUUUUGACCAUCAGCCUAAGGAGCAAAGAUAUUCCCAAUGUGAUGAUGUAUACAGUGGGAAAGCUAGUUCAGAGGUCGAAGUGAUGAUCUUCAUGAUAAUGGGACCAAUUUGUAUCACUUUUUUUGACAAUGGCACUAGUUUCUACCACUGUCUUUUGGGUGGGGACAAUUCCCUUGUUAUGGAUUUCCAGGGAAAUCACAAGCUUGGUAGUUAUUGACUUCAUGGAGUUUCCUAAAAGAAGCCUUUACUCUGAUACAGAAUUAUUAAAACUCAUUUGUAAUGCUCAAUGCUUAUCACAUAUUCUGUUUUUUUAUGUCUAUAACAUACAAAUGUUGAAUUUGGCCAGUUGAAUUCUAGCCAGAUAUUUUCUUUAUUAGCUGGGAACCUAACCUGAUGGAUUAUUUAUCUUUCUGGGCAGGUUUACUCCAUCCCACACCCCCCAAAAAGGUAUAAACUGCCUCAACUAAUGGGUAAAGAAUAGAAUUUGAGAGAACCGAUCAUUGCCCCAGAUUCCAGAAAGACAGUAGAAGUUAUCUAUGGGGUGGACUAACAAAUAUGCUCAACCAAAAACUGCUGGCUCUUUAAAUUUCUGGCCUUGAAAUCCAAUUAAUUCAAAGUUUCCUAAAGUCCACUGAACAACAAAGAGACCAUCACCAAAGCACCACUCUUAAAUAAUAUUAAAUGAAUGACAUAUCUUUGUUGCAUUGUUUCUGUUUUUCAAAUUUGUAAUAAAUUUUGUAAGAUUUGAACCAGAAACUUAAAUAUUACUGAACUGAGACAAAUUGUUCCCACAAGUCAAGAGUUCUGAAGUUUCCAAAAGUGGAAAUAAAUCAGAUGUGUAGUAUAAGUGGAACUGAGUGGGAGUUAAGGCCCCUUUAGCACCCAACCAUCCAUAGUUUUCAGUGGUAUGGCACCUUGUUUGCUGUUCCCCCUAAGUCCAUGGGAAGGAAGGAGAGGGAAAAAAAAAAUUUGUUGAUUCCAUUUCUAUGUAAAACUAUGCUAAAUUCUAAGGAUAUUAAUAAAAACAAGGGAAUAUUGCUCUGAAGGAGGCUGGUUUGUAAUGGAGGAAGACAAUACACCAAAAAUUGAUGAGGGUGAUUGGAUGGUCCAGGAUAAAGAAGCCCCAGGUCCUGAGGCAAUUUACAGGAUGAGACUGCAACUGAGACAUUGCUUUAAAAUCUGAAAAGUUAAGAACGAAGUCAGGAAGGAACUAGGGUAGUUAAAACCCAAGACAUUAGAAUGUUAUUAAAGAAGAGUUCAAGUUUGUGUGAUGAGAUUGAUCGUUGCUUACUCUAGAGAGGAAAUGGGAGCAAGACUAUUAAAACAAGAAAAGCUUAUAAACAAAUUCUGUAAGUCUUUGGAGAGGUGCCCAAAGUUGCCUAAUGUGUUAGAAAAAUAGACAAAAGUUUCUACAUUUGAGAGUACCUGCACUUACAGGUAAAAUCGAACCUAGCAAGAUCUCAGUGAUGAGGUCUAUGACUUUUCACCUAAUCCAUUAUAUCUAACCACUCCAGUUCACCUUCAUGCUUCAUCUAGCACCUACUAGAAAAUUAGGACCCACCUUAUCCUAAUUCUACACUUUGCUCUGGGAAAACGGUAUUCCCAUUGUCCACAGAAAAGAUAUGGCAAUUGACUGGUUCUAGGCACAAUCUUUAUAACUCUCCACAUCAGAAUUCCCCUCUUUCCUAACCUACCACUUUCCUAAUGUUUUCUUCCCCUAUUAAAAUGUAAGCCUAUUGAA